CAGCUGAGUCGACUAUGAGGCAUCCGGAUCGUCCCCCCAGCCCGGCGGUGCGCAGGGUGGAGCUGGAGCGUGGCAGAGCUGGCUACGGGUUCACCAUUGCCGGCCAAGCACCUUGUGUCCUGCGGGGAAUAAUAAAAGGGAGUUCAGCGUACAGUAUCGGACUGCGGCCUGGGGACCGCAUCUUGCGUAUGAACGAUACAGACGUGUCCGAGGCGCCGCAUGAAGUUGUGGUGAAGCUGAUUGGUAUGUCAUCACAAUCACUGUGUUUGCUGGUCACAUCAGGUGACAGGCCACCCAUGGCCUCCUGCUCCAGUGAUGAGGAACUGGGUUGUCAGAGUAAGAGCAAACUGCCGUGGCUCAAUCCCGGAAAAAAGGAUCCUUUCCCCAACAGUAUGGACAUGAGGGAGCCGAUGCUUCAGUCGGUUGGAAGUUUUGAUACUGUCUUUGAGAUCUCUGAUCAGGGCACCAUGAGCGCCCAUCAAGAGAAGCAGAAAAAACAAAGACCUUUCUCUGAACCAGAUAUGUCUUAUUGGUUGCAGCAGCGUAGGUCAAAUAGUCUUUCACAGGAUGACACGUCUCGAGUCGUAAGUGAGGAUUCUGUGUUUUCAGACCUUCAGAGUCAGAAUGACUUUGUAUCUGACUCCAGCAUCCUGAACUUUGCGAUGAUUGUGGGAUACAUCAACUCCAUGGAACUGGAGCUAGUAACGUCACAAUCUGAGGAGGAGGCAUUGCAAGCCAUCCGUGAAUGCAUUAGUCAGAUUGGCAUUGAGCAGAAGACCCAUUCGCUGGUCAUGAUGAGGGUCAAAUGCAACUGCGUUCAGCUUUGCGAUGACCGAGAUGUCGUUCUAGCAUCUUACCCAGCGGAGAACCUGGCGCUUUGUGUCAUUUGCUCGGAGGACAGCAGGUUCUUUGGCCUUGUCUCGGUUGAUACGACCAAAAAUAUUCAUGCUGGGAUGCAGACAAGCACCCUGAAGACAUUAUGUCAUGUGUUUUUCAUAGAUCCGGAGCUUUAUGAACACAAGGAGCACCAAAGCAUCAUAGGGCACUUUGGGAUUCCCUGCACUCCAGAUCCAGACACUCAAGGCUGUUUGGAGUUUCCUCAAACUCCACACUCGAUUUCUCACUUUGUGUCCAUCCUCUAUUCUGACAUGGGGGACUAUAUUGAAAAACUGAGACUGAAACUUGACAGCGAGAAUCCUGAAGAAGAACCACAAAACGCACGUAACAAUGGCAGUGGCAGUGACAGCGGGAUCGGAAAUGCUUCGCCGGAGGAUAGAGACAGUCUCAGUGGCCAGUGGAGCUUCACGCCUCCAAACAUUUCCAACCCACCACCAUAUUAUUCACAGCACAGAAACAAACCGGAGUGCAGGUGCCUUCUGUCCGAACCGCUAGCAGGAGCUGCUCAACCUGUGACUCAAUCAGGUGUCUCAGCCAAGGCAGACAGUUCAGCUUUUACUCCUCUUUCUCUUAGUAUGCAAUCUAACUUGCCACCUAAACUGAGAACCAGUCAACGCAGACCUUCCAUUGGCUUAAAGGCUCGCUGGCAGAAGUCUCGUCCCAACAGCAUUGAAUGCUUGGUGGAAAGGGACAGCGAUGGGCCCACAAGUAAAAGUAGCAUCCUUCCUUCCGCUAUGAAACAAAUCCCAACUCUCCGAUACAAACCACUAGAAGAUCUCAAACAUCCUCAGAGAAUGAACUUCACUCCACAGCUUGAGCUGACCUCCAGGUUCUUCAGUAGUGCAGCCAAGCAUAAGGAUGGGGAAAAUAAGGGGUCUUUAUUUUGGGCACUCACAAGGGGACGUUCCUCUGUACGAAGACCAUCAGGUAUCGCUAAACGACUCAGUCUGGCUCAUUCACUUAAUGACCUUGAGUCGGCUGCAUCAGAUGGAGAACGCAGCGGUCUCAAGCGUCAUGACUGCGGCAGUGUGAGCAGUUUGGAAAGUAAUGGUAGUCUGCCCAGCGUCACCAACCAUUGUCGCUUCUCAGAGCGCCGUGUUGCAUCAUGGGCCGUCAGCUUUGAGCGUUUGCUCCAGGAUCCUGUGGGUGUCCGCUAUUUUUCUGAGUUUCUAAAGAAGGAGUUUAGUGAGGAAAACAUCUUAUUCUGGCAGGCCUGUGAAUGCUUUAGCCAAGUUCCAGAACAUGACAAAAAGCAGCUGUCCCAGAAAGCCAAAGAGAUCUACAAUCGUUUCCUUUCAAGUAAAGCUACCAUGCCAGUGAACAUCGAUAGUCAAGCUCAGCUUGCUGACGACGUCCUGACAGCUCCACAGCCUAACAUGUUCAAACAGCCACAGCUGCAGAUCUUUAACCUGAUGAAGAUGGACAGUUACGCUCGGUUCCUGAAGUCCACUCUCUAUCAGGAGUGCAUGCUGGCUGAUGUAGAGGGCCGACCUCUCCCUGACCCCUGCCCGAUUCCAUGUAGCCCCGCCCCCUCCAAGCACAGCCUCAGCUCUGACCGUUCCACUUUCUCCACACCUAAGAAGGAAAAUAGGAGGCCCAAAACAGGCAGGUCAAGUGAUGACCUCAGAGAGAAACACUCUGAGAAGAAAAACGGCUUCUUUUCCUGGUACAGAUAUCCAAGUAUUGGGAAAGGACAGAAGAAAAGAGAUGCACCAGAUUUACCUUACCACUGUAAUGGGCGGAGAGAGUCUCAGGGUUCUCUGUCUUCUGGUGCGAGUCAAGAGCUCAACACUUCGUCUUCCGGAGGAAAGAAUGAGCAGUGUGAGCUGAGAAGUUCUGGUUCUGUUUGGGAAAAGGACAAAGAGCGAUGUAGCAGGACGUGUACAGUAAUGCUACCUGACGGCUCCAGCUGCUCCAUUCCUCUACGACAGGGCGCCUCCAUCAGACAGGUGCUGCUAGAGCUCUGUCAAAAACAGCACAUCAACCUGGCUGCUGUCGACCUCUUCCUCACCGGAGGAGAGAAGCCUUUGGUGUUGGACCAAGAUAGUAUUACACUCAGCUCUCGAGAACUUCGUCUUGAGAAACGCACUUUGUUCAGACUCGACCUGGUCCCCAUUAACAGAUCGGUUGGGUUGAAAGCAAAGCCCACAAAACCUGUGACUGAGGUUCUGCGUCCUGUGGUUGCCAAGUAUGGACUCCACCUUGGUGAUUUGGUUGCAAGAAUAAGUGGAGAGACAGAGGUUCUCGAUCUUGGAGUGCCCAUAUCAAACCUUGAUGGCCUACGAGUUGUACUGGAGAGGGCUGAUCCAGCCAAAGACAAGUCUAAAACACUCAACUCCAAAACACCAGCUGCCAAGAAAAGUCUGCCAAGAGAGAGAGAUGAAAGCUUGGCAGGACAACCGUCGAAAGGAGAUGGUGAAGACAAGCAUCCCCGGUCAGCUGCGUCAGAGAGGAAGAAAGGGAAAAAGAAUCAUAUAGAUGAAGCAGAGGAAUUUUUCGAGUUGUUGAGUCGUGCUCAGAGCAGUCGUGUUGACGACCAGAGAGGCUUGCUGAGAAAAGAAGACCUUGUGCUUCCUGACUUUCUCCGUCUGAACCCUGAUCCCGAACCCCAACCCUCUGCCUGCUCAACCCCCACCUCCCAUAAACCUGGCCACACCACCACCACCACCACAACCCCCCAGUCUCCUAAACCCAGCUCCUCAAACGGACACCCCCGUGCACCCAGCCCUGACUCGCCCCCUUUCACCGCCCCACUCUCCCCCAUCCUGCACUCCUCUGGUCCGCAGGGUCAGGACGAGGAAGGGCUGGGUGACCUGACUCUUGUGGGGGAGGGUGACAUCAGCAGCCCUAACUCCACUCUGCUUCCGCCUCCGCCGAUCUCUCCGCCCCUUUAUGAGGGCAGCCUACCUGAGGCCAACUUCACUCAUCCGCCAUGCUUACACAGGCAUCCCAGCCCAGGUACAGAAGAAGGAAACGCAUGCACUUCAGCUGUCAACAACCAUCCCUCUUCAACAGCUCAAGUGCUGGACAAGGGGGUCACUCUGGAGAACAGCUUCGAGGGUUACGCAGCUGAGCUUCGCCAGUGCCAGAACAAAAUGAGAAAUGACAUUUACCCCUCCACAGAAGCGCCCCGUCCCCUCAGCGGGGUGCUGGAAGUCAACGAGAGCGACACAGUGCAAUACAAAGCAACGUUUGUCUGAAGGAAGCUGCUUGCUGGACAUUUUCAAAGACUGAUAUGGAGCCAAAUUGUGUAUGUGGAAAAUCUUUUGAAAAGAUUGAAAGGGUUAUUCGUUUAAAUGUAACUUUAGACCAUUCUUUAUUUAAUGAUAAUGAUAAAAAGAAAAACUCUGUGUUCAGUGUUAGAUUGGGAUCAUAGUGCACAUCAGAAUAUCAGUGUAACUAGCUGGAAAAUUGUAGUGGGAGGUAAAAGCAAAUGGUUUCAGUAGUUAUAGUGGAAUUUAGUCCAUCAAGUCACAUACAUUCCUUUACAUGGAAUGUUUUGUUUUUUUCAAGGCUGUCUUGUACUGUAAUUUUGGAAAAACAAACACAUCUAGUCUCAUGUUAAAUACAUUAAGUUUUA